AUGCCUCUCAAUGGGAAGAAACAUAUUGAAGAAACAUCGCAUGAACUAGUUAACGAAGAGGAGUCUCCAUUGAAUUUUGAGCCAGAGGUGCAACAAGGUAGAGGAAGACCAUCUAAAGGAAAAAAGAAAAAGGGAUUCAGUUCAACAACUAGAGACCCGUCACAAUUUGAAGUUGUUGAAGCAGGAUUGAGGAAAGCAACUCAUAGAUGUGGAGAAGUGUUUGGUUUUCAUCUAAACUCAUUACAGAUGCUGAGGAGCUCUGCAACAAAGAAGUGGCUUUUCCCUCUGAAACCUCUGGAAUUGAUGGAUUCAUUGUGUUGGUUCCUGCCUAUGAAAGUAGAAGCUGUGAAUACUUGCCUCUCUUUUUCUGGUAGCAUUCCUUGGAAAGUAAAGAAACAGAGCCAGACUUUCAAUACAUCACGAAGGACACUGAUGCACAACCUCUUUGAGUCACCUUGGCAUGUUCAUGAUUUAAGAAAAUAUAGCUUAAGGGCUUCUAAAGCUGCCGAUGUAUUAGAGGGUGACAAUGGGAAGGAAAAGGGAGGUGGGAAAUCUGGAGCACACAGUCCGCGGUCAGAUGAUAAAAAUGUAUUUAACAUGGAUUAUGAAGAGAGAAUGGAAUGGAGGAGCAAAAUAAGGGAAGUAAUGAGUAAGAUUCCGAAUGUCGAGGAAGAGGUUGAUCCUGAGGAGCGGAGCAAAAAGAUUCAAAAACUUUUGGCCGAUUACCCUCUUGUUGUUGAGGAAGAGGACCCUAAUUGGCCAGAAGAUGCUGAUGGUUGGGGAUUUAACCUUGGUCAGUUCUUCAACAAGAUUUCUAUAAAGAACGUCAAGAAAGAUGAUGAUGAGAACUAUGACAGCGAGAAUGAAAUAGUGUGGCAAGAUGAUGAUUAUAUUCGACCCAUAAAAGACAUAACUUCUGCAGGAUGGGACGAGGCAGUUUUCAAGGACAUCAGUCCUUUGGUGGUACUUGUGCAUAACCGAUACAAAAGGCCGAAGGAAAAUGAAAAGAUUCGGGAUGAACUGGAGAAAGCUGUACACAUUAUAUGGAACUGCAGGCUACCAUCACCUCGAUGUGUGGCUAUUGAUGCUGUUGUUGAGACUGAAUUGGUCUCCACCCUAAAAGUCUCUGUGUUCCCAGAACUAAUCUUUACUAAAGCUGGGAAGAUCUUGUACCGCGAGAAAGCAAUUCGGAGUGCGGAUGAAUUGUCAAAAAUGAUGGCAUUCUAUUAUUAUGGAGCAGUAAAGCCACCUUGUCUUAGUGACAAAAAGACUCUUGAUGAAGAUAUUCCUUCCUUUUCUCCAAGUAGCAGCAGUGGAAAUUGGGAAGAAAUCGGUUUUCUUGGUCAAGUCACGCCCAGCGCCCGCUUUCCACUCUGUGAUGGAAAGAAAUAG